CAGACAGAGUUGGGCGGUGCUGAUCUCUCCACCCUGUAAUACUCCCGCUGGCUCAGUCGCUCCUCGCAGCGGGGAUGGUGAUUGUAGGCGAGCAGCAGCAUGCUCUCACUCACUGACAGCGGGGAGGAAAUAACCAUGCUAAAGACAUUGAUAGAAAAGAAAUGCGCCAUGCAUGGAGCGGUGUGUUGAUCACGAUGAGUCACAGACCUCCGGUCCGGUGUGGAGCUGCUCGCGGCAUGUCAGCAGCCUUGAUCCUGACUGUUGGCACCCUGCUCACGGCUCAGCCUGCCAGGGGAUCGCCGCUGGCUCUGGACCCCGAGGUUUUUCUGGAAAAGUACGGCUACCUCAGUCAGGAAAACCAUAUCCAUGAUGCAGCUGAGAUGCAGUCUGCUGUCAGCGACUUCCAGUGGUUGUCCCGGCUUCCUGUGUCGGGUAAGCUUGACAGCGCCACCCUCAGGCAGAUGGCAGAGCCCCGCUGUGGGGUGUCAGAUGAGGGCAGCCAACAGAUCUGGGCUCAGAGAGUGAACACCAUCUUCACUGGACAGGGUGCUGCUGGGAGGCAACGCAGGAGGCGCUCUGCUGUGAAAGAGAAGUGGUACAAACGUCAUCUGACCUACCAGAUAGUCAACUGGCCCGGCCACCUGUCUGCUUCCUCUGUGCGGCUGGCAGUGCGCACAGCCUUCCAGCUGUGGAGCAACGUGUCGGGUCUGGUGUUCCAGGAGGCCCCUGAAGGUCCAGCAGACAUCCGGCUGGCUUUUUAUGAGGGAGACCACAACGAUGGGGCCAGCAACGCCUUUGAUGGACCAGGAGGAACGCUGGCUCACGCCUUCCUGCCUCGCCGUGGAGAAGCCCACUUUGACAUGGCCGAGAGAUGGUCACUAAACGGACAUAAGGGACACAACCUGUUCAUAGUGACCGCCCACGAGAUCGGACACACUCUGGGACUGGAGCACUCACCUGUGCGUCACGCUCUGAUGUCGCCUUACUACAGGAAGCUGGGCCGCAGCCUGCUGCUGAGCUGGGACGACAUCAUCGCCGUGCAGCAGCUCUACGGUAAGCCAUCAGGUGAUCUUCCUGUGAGGCUUCCCGGCCAGGUUCUGCACGCCGCGCUGCAGGAGUGGGAGGUCACAGAGCUUCACAACGAGCAUCAUACCACAGGGCAGCCCCUCUACUGCCAAGGUGUCUUUGAUGCCAUCACUAUGGACCAGAACGAGACAGUUCUGGUAUUUCGGGGCAGUGUGUACUGGACAGUAUCAGCUGACGAUGGCGUGAGCGGCCCGCUGCCUCUCCGUCAGCGCUGGUCUGACCUUCCUCCAGCCAUUGAAGCUGCAGCCUUCUCCCCACUGGACUCCAAGUGGUAUUUUUUCAAAGGAAAACGGAUGUGGCGCUACACAGGCAGCGUCCUGGACCCUGGCUUCCCCAGAAAGAGCAGUGAGCUGGGGCUCCCUCGCCACCCUGACUGUGCCUUCUUCUACGCUCCUCUGGGUCACAUGGUAGUUUUUAAGGGGUGCCGCUACUCUGUGCUUAAUCUUAAAACCCUGCAUCAAGAGCCCUACUACCCCCGCAGGCUUACAGACUGGACUGGUAUACCACAAGGGACCAAUGGAGCUCUGACCCGUCCAGACGGACGCCUCUACCUGUUCAGAGAACAGCGCUUCUGGAAGUUUGACCCCGUCAAGGUGCGAGUCACCAAGGAGGGCCAAUGGGCCAAGGAUCUGAGCUGGACUGGUUGCAGCAACGCUCCCUUGAGCAAUAACAUCCUUUGACCAGCAGAGGGAGCUGUUAGCUUUAGAAAAGUGCAAUGUGUGAGUGUUUCCUGAAAUAUACAGGUGGCUGUUUGCUUUCAGCAACAGCGGAAUUUAAUGUGGCAGACGGGGCCAAAGCUCAAAAAAGUCAUGCGAUGAAGGGAUUCAACAAAAUAAACUACCAUAAUUAUUUGGAUUCCCCUAUCGUAUUUUAUACUGCAGAGCAAUGGAUACGUAUGCACACUACAUUCGGUUGAAACUAUGCUUUGAAACCCAUCUUCUUGUCUCUUUGAGUAUACACACACUAAAAGAGAAACAGAAAGAUAUGUGUUUAUAUCAUUCCUUCUGCUAUGUCACUGACAUAUGUAACAUAUUGUAUAAAUAUAUUUUCCUUACUGUG